CAUGCCCACCUGCAUGGCUCCAAUUGUUCAACUGAGAACUCAGCUCAUGGGCCCUUAAUUUAAAAUAUGGGUCAAGACCAACAGGAAUGGAAAGAUAGACAUUCCCGAUGUCUGAACUCUGACACUGUCAAAUGUUCAUGUGAGGUUACUUAUUGCUCUUUAGGAAAUCGGUGGAACCUAAACAGUGCCCUACAGUACAGACCUCGCAGCCAUCCGAAAGUACACCAUGAAGGCUGCCGUCCUCAUUGCAUUCCUGUGUCUCUGGCGGAUAGCCCUGCCUUUUAAAAUCUGUGCUUUCAACAUCAGGAGCUUUGGAGAGACGAAGGCCAGCAACAAGAACGUCAUGGACAUUUUGGUCAAGAUCAUCACGCGCUGUGAUGUGUGUCUGAUACAGGAAGUGCGUGACUCGAAGGGGAAAGUUAUCCCUGCACUAGUAAAAGAGCUUAACAGGUUUGAUGAAGUCCAUUCAUAUGCCUUUGUCGAAAGUGACAGAGUGGGGAAGAAAAGCUACAAGGAGCAAUAUGUUUACAUAUUCAGGGAUGAUGUGUUGCAGGUUCGAGAUCAAUAUCAGUAUCCCACCUCACAGAAAGAGAAGGCUGAUGUGUUUUCAAGGGAGCCUUUUAUAGUGCGUUUCCACUGCCCCCAAACUGCGGUGAAGGAUUUCGUUCUUGUGGGCCAUCAUACCUGCCCGAAGACAGCCAUGCAAGAGAUCGAUGAGCUCUUCCAGGUCUUCCAAGGGAUCAAGAAGCACUGGAGAACAAGGAAUGUCAUGUUCCUUGGAGAUCUCAAUGCAGCCUGCAGCUAUGUAUCUGCAAAGUGCUGGGACACCAUCAGUCUGCGGAAAAACCCAGAUUUCCACUGGCUGAUUGGAGAUGAGGAGGACACAACUGUGAGCGAGAAAACUCACUGUGCUUAUGACAGGAUUGUGGUACACGGCACAGAAUUCCUCAAUGGGAUUGUUCCAAAAUCAGCUCGACCAUUUAACUUCAAGAAGGAAUUCCAUCUCUCUGAGAAACAGGCACUGGAAGUAAGUGACCACUAUCCUGUGGAGGUCAACUUGAAACCUAACUCCAGAUAUCUGCAUCGCCAUGAACUCUGACCUUCAGGUGUCAUCCUGGAUGAACUCUAACGUCCAGCACCAAAGAAAAUGAUGUUGGUCUUCAGGUUGAAGUCUGAAGUCUGAUUCAGCUUUUACUGAACAGAAUAUUGUCAAAAGAUCACAUCCUACUCUAGAAUAGCUGCGAGUUCCAGACAGGGAUCACCCCACAGUAUGAAGUCAUCAAUCAUAAACUCUUCAAGAUUCUUAAACUCUUGGAAAAAUGAUCUCCAAACUACUCCAAGUUCUCUUUUGCUUGAACUAAGAAUUGUGGUUCACAGGUCAUUCGCAGACUAAAAUAUUGAUGUCUGCUUUCCACCGAUUAGAAUCAGGAAACCUUUGUCAAACCACAUCAGUUUUGAUUUAAUUUGGGCAGUUCAGCUGUUAGUUUGACUUCUGUUGUAGGUACAAAAAUGAUUUGGUCUCUUUAAUAAAAUAUGCAUUAAAGCAUUUUGAUCUCAAGUUACUGCAAAACCUACAAAUGACAAGGAUCUAUUAAAAAAUAUUUGUAGAUGCUAAAGUGGACAGUGUCUUUGGAUACAUAACACUACUAAAUACUUUGAUUGCAUUAACAACUUUGGAGAAUGAACGAAUCUCAUAGGCAAGUUCUAUUUAUAUGAUGGAAACAAAACCUGUAAAAUGACAAUCCUUUCAACAUACUGUAAACAUUUUAAAAAAAUUGUAUUCCUCUCGAGUCAGCUUAACUACCUUUUCGCCACUUGCAGUUUCUAGACAGCGCCUCAUCCCAAAACCAAGAUCCUCAAGUUCCUGAGUCCACUUCAUAGCAGCAAGCUCUUCAUCUUAUAAAUGAAAAGGUUUAUCCCUCAAUUUGAAGACCAGUUGUGAUCUCCUAUCCCGCUUCCAGAGAGCCUAUAUUCACCACCUUAUACUUAACUGGUAUACAUAAUAUUCAGAUAAUCAAUUACUAGUUAACUAUCAUUUGGUACAAUUAGGCAUUUGAAAACUAGAUUGGAAUAAAAACCGAGGAACAAGCUCUUAUGGCUCAAAUCCCUACAAGUAAUCAAGUUACAA